UAUACUCCACAGAGGGACAGGAUUGGAUUUAGAGUUCCUUUCUCUAACCUUCACAAGACCAACGAUGAAACAGAAGACACUAUGUUUCCUUGUCCUGCUGGCUUCUUUAUUUUGCUUUUACUCUGUCACCUGGAUGAGAAAAGAGAAGGCGAAUUAUCCCAGAAUCACACUGCAGGAGGGAGAACACCUACAGAGUCCUAAUUCAUCAGAAUGUGUGGACCUGAGAAAAAUCCUAACUCUCAAACCUAAUAGGUUUACAGAAGAUCAUUAUAUCGAACUGUUCAAGAAAAUUCAGAAAUGCAGGUGGAUAAAAAAUUCGGACGAGCACCAAAAGAUCAGAUCACAGUUGGAGAAAUGCUGCAAUGCAACUCGAAAUUUUGUUGUUACACAAGUUAAUGCACCACUGGGAACAAAAAUUACUUAUGAAGCAGAAGCCAAAAAAAUAUUUGAAAUUACUCGAGAUACCCUUGAACUGAUUCCGGAGACAGAUCCUUUUAAAAAUCGCACCCUUAAACGUUGCUCUGUUAUUGGAAACGCAGGAAUUCUAACAAACAGCAGCUGUGGAAAGGAAAUAAAUGAGGCUGACUUUGUAUUCAGGUGUAAUAUUCCACCAAUCAUGGGUUAUGAGGAUGAUGUGGGAACUAAAACUGAUGUUGUGACAUUAAACCCAAGUAUUCUUAAGAAGAGGGGCCGAUGAGAUGUACAGGGAGGUGUAUGCAUCAACUGACCACACUGGAAUGAUUUCAUACCCCAACCUUGCUAUGGGCAUGAAAUCAUUCUAGACGGGGAUGGCAGAUUUUCAUCCUUAAAGGGUAUACGUAAACCAUAAGGAUUUAUCACUGCCAGCCUGCUGACGCUAGUUGAUAAUUAAAACAGAAAAUACUGAAUACACGCAACACAUCUGUGAUAUAACAAUCUGAACACAAAGCGAAAGCCAUUUAUGGAAUAUGUAUCCACCUUUGAAAAUUCAUUGAUUCUGCUGCCUGCAUUUUCUUAUUCAUAUGAUACUUCAACUUC